AUGCUGUUCCUAAAGACCACCAAAUUGUGUCUUCUCUUCCCCCUACCUAAAGGUGGAGAGGUGGACGGUCGAGUCGUUGUUACCGACGAUUCGCAAGAAUCCUCUCUUCCUGAGAGUGAAGCCGUGGAAUCUCAAAAAUCCGCGGGUUCCUCCGAAAAAGAAACAGAGUCAGAACAUUCUGAAUCUACCCACUGCAUCUCUCCUCCUCUUGCCACUUCUCCAGAUGGGCGCAAGAGGAAAAGAGACAAUGUCAAAGAUUCCGGCGCAUCCAAGCUUGCCGAACCAGCUGCCGAAGAAUCUUCCCCGGAGGAACAAGGUGCCUUCGACCCCUUCGCCGAUGCUGGCGUUGUUAGCUCAUCUGAUGAAGGAGCAGAGGAGGAGGAACCCGCAACUCAUGGGACAGCUCCUACGAGCACCUCCAACACCCUGGUUCUUUCUCAAGAACACCGUACUGCUGCGGAAACCUUGCCUCCCCCGCAGCAUAACCCAGAAGAGCCAACUCCCGUGCCCACCCCCCGAGCACUUCUGGCGAAGAAAGCUAGAACCGGGGCUUGUAGCACACGAGAGCUUGCCACUGGGAACACUUCGGCUCCUCUCCUGGAAGAUUCCUUAAUGAAGGAGCUAGUCAACCUGGGCUCCCAAUUUAUUGGGUUCCACGACGAGGCUGCUACUUUAAGGGAGUCACUCCAUCGUGCCGAAGAACGUGCCGACGCGCUGGAGGCCAAGCUUAAAACCAGCAAGACAGCUCGCAAGAAAGCUGAGAAAGAUGCCGCUACUGUCGACAGUCUCCGCCAGAGGCUCAAGACCGCUGAGGACGCUUUAAGCGACAAGGAGGCCGAGCAAAUCGAGCGCAAAAAUGCCAUAGUGGAGCGCUUCGAGAUGCAGAACUGA